AAAUCAGAGACCAGGAGAAAAAAUCAAUUGAAGUCGUUGAAAUCAUAGUGAGAUUCAACUCUGCACUCAGCUUAAUCAGGGAACACGAGCAUGCAUAGAAGAAACAAGUUAUGAGUAUGUCUGGUAACAUCUUUGGAAUGAUUGUGUUAGAGGGCUGUCACUCUGACCACAAAGCGUCCUCGAAUGCCAUGCAAAUCAGCCGCUUAGCAAAUGGGGAGGCGGAGACCAACAUUCAUGAUCCAAACGACCCAACUCUCGAACAGGGCUUUAAUGGAAGGCAGGGAAACUUGGGAUCUGGUGGAAUCAUUGCAAGUACAUGCCAUGACUAUGAAGGUUCUGGGGAUGUUUCUGGAAUAUCAACUGAUGGAAUGACAAGCAAAAAGUAUUCGAGGCAGCAUGAAGACAUGACCCUUCAGGAUAUAUAUAGCAAAGAAGGUGAUUUCGAUGAUGAAGAUGACAGCGAUUGGGAGCCUUUAGAAAAACAUAUACCGGUUGUCAAAUGGUUUUGCGUUAACUGUACAAUGGUUAAUGUUGAUGAUGCUAUCUAUUGCCAUAUAUGUGGAGAGCAUAAAGAAUCUGGAAUCCUUAGGCAUGGCUUUCUUGCAUUGCCUUCACAGGAAGCAGAUUCUAUUCUGAACAUAUCAUCGGAACGAGAUGGCGAAUUAGAAGCUUCUUGCUCACGGACUUCAGCCCCACAUAAAUCGACAGCAGUGGGUUUUGAUGACAGAAUGUUGCUUCACUCCGAAGUUGAAAGGAAGUCUCUUCCACAUCCAGAAAGACCAGACCGUCUUCGUGCCAUUGCUGCCAGCCUCGCAACUGCAGGUAUAUUUCCUGGAAGAUGCCAUCCGAUUACAGCAAGAGAAAUUACACGAGAAGAACUCCAGAUGGUUCACUCUGAUGAAAAUAUUGAAUCUGUUGAACUUACAAGCCAAUGUGUUGCAAGUUAUUUCACUCCUGACACUUACGCAAACAAAGAUUCAGCACUUGCUGCCAGGCUUGCAGCAGGUUUAUGUGCUGAUCUUGCUUCAGCAAUAUAUUCUGGGCGUGCUAAAAACGGGUUUGCUCUGGUCCGUCCUCCUGGUCAUCAUGCUGGUGUAAAACAAGCAAUGGGAUUCUGCCUGCACAACAAUGCAGCAGUUGCUGCAUCAGCAGCACAGGUUGCCGGAGCAAAGAAGGUCUUAAUUGUUGAUUGGGACGUACAUCAUGGAAAUGGCACUCAAGAAAUAUUUGAACAGAACAAAGCGGUCUUGUAUAUAUCCUUGCAUAGACAUGAAGGUGGAAGAUUCUACCCUGGUACUGGUGCUGCCAAUGAGGUUGGCUCCAUGGGUGGAGAAGGAUUCUGUGUAAAUGUUCCAUGGAGUCGGGGAGGAGUUGGAGAUAAUGAUUAUAUUUUUGCAUUUGAGCAUAUCGUGCUUCCAAUAGCUUAUGAGUUUGCUCCUGAUAUCACAAUCAUUUCAGCUGGAUUUGAUGCUGCAAGGGGUGAUCCCCUUGGAUGCUGUGAUGUGACACCUGCUGGUUAUGCACAGAUGACAAAAAUGCUGAGUUCUUUAUCUAGUGGAAAGUUGCUCGUUAUCCUUGAGGGCGGCUACAAUCUCCGUUCAAUAUCAUCAUCAGCUACAGCAGUAAUCAAGGUCUUGCUUGGUGAAAGCCCUGAAAGCAUGUUGGAGAACGUUGUACCUUCCAGAUCCGGAUUGCAGACCGUGCUCGAUGUCUUGAUGAUCCAGAACCAAUUUUGGCCUACUCUUGGAUCCGUCUUUUCAGACCUGCAGUCACGAUGGGGAUCAUUUGCAUGCCAGGAAAUAAAAAGGAAGAAAAGGCGCCGAUUUGUGGUACCACAAUGGUGGAAAGUGGGACGAAAAAAGUUUUUACAUUACAUCCUCUCUGAGCAGCUUCGACUAAAUUCGAAAGGGCAUAGAAAAGCAUCGUUAUGGUUCUAAACCGUCACCCUCGUUUUGUACUAUCUUUGUAGCAAUAGUGUUUUUUUUCCUUCUGAGGGGAUUAUGACUAAUAUUUAGUUUUGAAGAUAUUAUGAUGCUUUUUGUUUUUCUCAUCUUUUUGACAUCCACAGACAAUGAUGUUUGACAGCUUAACUUUGGCAAUCACCCAUCUCUGUGUCACAUUUUGGACCUCAGAAAGUUGGAAGAGAAACCACCAAUUAGAUUGCU